AUGUCUCGGCGCUCGCAGUGGGAGAGCAUGCGGCAAGAGGCACGGAGUAGAGUGUACGAAGUGGAUUCCUCGCCCGCCGUGGAAAGUGCACCCAAUCACGAUCCCUGGUUUGGUACACCGGGCGAAUCUGCCGAGCGCGUUUGCCUGCUAUCCCGCAAGCCAGGCUGCCUGGAAGGGAAAGGCGCAAACCAUCCAGAAGAAGACACUACUGGGAAGGGAAAGGAGCGAGGUAAGCGGGCCGCCAAGGCAGGCGCGGACGCCGAAGAGGAAGAUGGCGACCACAUCGACGCCGUUCGUAGACUUCAUAGCGUAGAGAAGGCUGAGGUGUCGUUGGUGCCGGUCCUUGAGCCCCACCCUAGUCCUCCAUUGGGAGACAUUGUCUCGGCGGAGACGACAUACAACAGCUAUUUAGUGCUGGGGACCCCGCAUGAGGAGAGGCGUGCGCUCGCGGCCAGCGGCAGUUUCUCUGCGGGAGAAAAUAUACGGGAGUUGAGUACGGCUGGCAGCGAUAACGGUGUCAUGUCGCUCCAGCUUGAACUAGCACAGGAGAAGAGAAAAAACAUUCUCGCGGAGCAGCGCCUGUUAUCGCUAGAUAGAGAGAUCAAGGAGCUCCGAGCGGAGAACAUGCGAAAGGUGGCAGCUGCUGCAGAGGAUGCAGCCGCCAUAAAGGUGGUUAGUGCCGAGAGGCAGCUGACGGGAGCAGGAGGAGGAGCCGCUGCGCCGGGCGCUAGAAGUGGCGGUGGCCCGGCAUACUUGGAGCAGAUGGUGAGGGAGCUGCAGGAGGAGCUGGACAUGAUGAAGGAGUACACGAAGGAGUUGGAGGCGCGUCUGGCGGAGCGGUCCAGCGCCUUGGAGCGACGCUGCCGGGAGGUGGAGCAAAAGGAGCACCGCAUCCGCCAGCUGGAGCGCACCAUGGCGGAUGAACUGAUCCGACGCUCCAAGGAGGAGCCCGCGGAGAAGAGUGCGGCGAGUGUCACGCCUACCCCGGCCACCGCCGCCGCUGAUGACGGUAAGCAUCAGUCCCGCAACCACAAGGAGCGUCAUCAUGAGGGCGCCGGCGACGCACAUGAGGAGCCUGAGAAGGCACCGCGCGAGAAACUGAUAGGCGGCGUGGCGGUGCCCUCCGUGGUUCGUCGCGCCAUCGUCCUAGCGCGCUCGCGCUCGGAUCAGGAGCAUCCGGUGGGGGCCGGCGCCCAUGAGCCGGCGACGCAGGGAUCCUCUGCGCCGCCUCGCGCACGCGCACCGUCCUCCGAUCCCCCUGCGUCGCAUGAAAAGCCGCGGCAACGGUCCUCCUCCGCGUCGCAGCAAAAUCCGCAGACAAGCGGCCACACCACGCGCAGAGCCGGCGCCGCGCAUGAGCCCGACCAUAGCGCUGCUGCCCGUAAUGAGGGGCAUCCCCAGCAGCCUCGGGCGCGGUUGGCCUCCGUCCCCACCAUGCCGCGAAGUGCCUCUUUGCUCGGCCGCCGAAGCAUGACGCCGGUCGCCACUUACUCGCUGAAAACACGUCGCAGGGAUAUUGCCGAAACGCCGGCGCCAACGCCCAUGCGUCCGUUGCGUGCCCCACGAAAGAAGCCGGUUUCCAAAUUGGUCAACCCCGACGCGAGGUCCUCGGUGAAGCGGAAGAGCGCAAGCCCCACACCACACGUCAAGCAUGCGGGUGAUUCGCUGCACGCACACACGGCCCUGGCUUCCUCGACGACGUCGCGUGUUGGCGUCGCCCGGCCGCCGCCGCUGGAGUCCUCCGUGCUGUCAGUGUCGGCCAUGAGCGCAAACGCGUCUACGCUGCAUCACGCAGAGACACGCUCCGUCGUCUCAACCGGUCGUUCGCGGCCACGCAUCAGCCACGAUGACGGCGGCAACACAGUCAUCCAAACCAGCACCACGACCGUGGUGACGCGCAGCGUCAAACGACACGACACCCCAGUGCUGGUGCCCCAGCCACGCCUGGAUCUCGUGGAACCUGUCCGCUCGGAUCAGCCCUUCAUUUCUGAGAAGUUCUCCGCAACGACGUACCGGCCAAAUCGGCUGCGACGGUAUCACAAGGAGGAGUCGAGCGAUCCUGCGUUGAGUCCUCCCCUAGCGUGA